CGCCCAGAUAAAGACAGACAGUCUGUCACGGACACACGCACGCAUCAGGCGAAAUGGAGCUUUCGUCGGCUCCCCGCAGCCUCCUCUCGCUCCGCCACCUCCACCGACCGCUCGCCGUCGCAGCCCCUUCCCCCCUCCUGCUCCUUCACUCCUCUUGCCCCUUUUCGACCGAGCACCUCCUUUCGUCUCGCUCCUUGGAGCCCAAGCCAGGAUUUCGCAAUUCCGGGGCAUGUCCGCUGCGGGCCAAUGUCUCCGACGAGGUGACAUCCACGUCCGACUUGGUGGACGAUGAUACCACGAAGAAGGCCGAAGGCCCUUCCUUACACAUGAACUGGAACUCAGGCUGGAAAGAUAAUCUGGAUGGCAGUGAAGGGGUUAAUGAAUCUGCUGAUAGCCCUCUGUCUAAGCUCAACAUCAAGAUGGAUGCUGAAGAAUCUUAUCCCAUCCUCUUCUUGGGAGUCGGUUCUCUUGUUGCACUCUGGAUUUCGUCUACUGUUAUUUCUACACUUGAUUCAGUCCCUGUGGUCCCUAAGGUUCUCGAAGUUAUUGGCCUCGGCUUCACCAUCUGGUUCACCUCGCGAUAUCUCAUCUUCAAGGAAAACAGGGAUGAAUUUUUCUCGAACCUUCAAGAUACCAAGGACAAGAUAUUAGGCCCUAGUGAUGAAUGAAAGAAUGAGAUUGUAAUACAUGCUUCAACCAAUCUGGUGAAAUGUUUCUAUGGUGGAGUGGAUUCGUAGAAGUUUUGAUAUGCAUUUCUUGAGUCUGGAUCUUGAAAAUGAUGGUGAAACAGGGAGAGGGCUUUUAUGUUACUAAGUCUCGUUGAACCCCCUCCGAGUGUAAGGGGGCUUUCACCUUUCAUGUCGAUUUACCUUGUUUCGAUCACAUCUACUAGUUUUAGCAAACC